AUGUCUGUUAGCGCUGCAGUUUAUUUGAUUUUUACUAGGGGGCAGCGUUGCAUUAUUGAUGAUUAUUUAGUCAUAAGUUCAGUGGGCAGUUUUUCAACAGAGGUUGACAAAACAUAGACAAAGGUCUGCCACACACAUGUGCUGCGGGUCUGGUAGACCUCCCUGGUCUUACAGCAUUUACAACUUUCAAAACUUUAUGUAUCCCUGAAGAGUGGCGCUACUUUUUAACACCUACAGUAGCGAGGGGUUCCAAACCAGAUAAGUAAACAACCUGUUGAGCACGCUGACUGGGACCACUUUUGUGCUUCGGUGGAACAUUGCAGCUAGCCACAUUCGAUUACCGGAGUGCAGCUGCCCAUUCUUUGCAUUUUCGCUGCCAAGCAUUCCAGCUGUCUGAUGUAAUGGACUCUGAAACAGGACUUCAUGCAUCGUCACUGGACCCUUGUUGCCUACAAUCUCAGACAAAUGGGCAUCAUUUGAUACAUUUGUAUUAAACUAUUUUUGACAAGUAUUAGCACCCUGUCAAAGGACGUGUGAAAUAUGCCAUUGCCCUUUGGCUUUAAAUUAAAAAGAACUCGCAGAUAUACAGUCUCUAGCAAGAGCUGUCUUGUCACACGCAUUCAGCUGUUAAAUGGCGAAUUUGUCGAGUAUACACUUUCAGUGGAGGGUACCGGCCAGGAAUGUCUGGAAGCAGUUGCUCAGAGACUCGAAUUACGAGAGAUAACCUACUUCAGCCUCUGGUACUACAACAAGCAAAACCAGCAGCGAUGGAUCGACCUGGAGAAGCCACUGAAGAAACAGCUGGACAAAUAUGGCCUGGAACCCACCGUUUACUUUGGGGUGGUGUGCUACGUACCCACCGUCUCCUUGCUCCAGCAGGAGAUCACACGCUACCAGUAUUAUCUGCAACUGAAGAAGGAUAUUCUGGAGGGUAGGAUUCCCUGCUCCAUUGAACAGGCUAUCCGGUUGGCUGGGCUAGCCGUGCAAGCCGACUUUGGAGACUUCAACCGAUACGAGUCCCAGGAAUUUCUCCAGAAGUUGAUGCUGUUCCCCAUUGGCUGGAUUCAGGAUGAGAGGGUACUGGAAGAGGCCACACAGAAAGUUGCCAUGCUCUAUCAGAGCUAUCGGGGGUUACUGGCCCCCGAGGCCGAGCUGCUGUAUAUGCAGGAGGUGGAGAAGAUGGAGGGCUAUGGCCAGGAGACAUAUCAAGCCAAGGACAGCCAAGGCACAGACGUACUCAUCGUGUCAUGUCUUGAAGCGAUUGUUGUCAAGCACAAGAUCGUCGGCAAGCCACAGCUAGUUUUCAGGUGGAAUGACAUCAACAACAUGACUCACAACAAGUCUUUCUUCGCAUUGGAGCUGGCCAACAAGGAGGACACAAUUCAAUUCCAGACGGAGGACAUGGAGACCUCCAAGUAUGUCUGCAGAAUGUGCCUGGCGCGACACAAGUUCUACAAAAUUAACAAGAGCAGUCUAGAGGAGGACACCACCCCUCCCGAGGGCUGGCAGAAGUCCAUUCUCUUUCUCUCCUUUCCUCGCUUUCCAAUGCUCUCUCGUCCCUCUAUGCCUUCUAACAACAAGGGCCAAACUCAGCCAACCGCUGUCAACCCAGUGAGACGGAGGUCCUCCACACGGAUGUCCCUGCCAAAGCAGCCCUACAUGAUGCCGCCCCCACAAUUGCACUACAACGGACACUACACAGAGCCUUACACAUCCUCCCAAGACAACCUAUACAUGAACAGCCAGAACGGCUACUACUACCACUCCCAGACCAGCCUGGACCGCUCGCCGCACGAGUACAACAACGGCCGGCUGCGCAACGGCAGCGUGUACAGCGCGCACAGCACCAACUCGCUCAACAACCCGCAGCACUACAUGCAGCCCUCGCCCAUGUCCUCCAACCCCAGCAUCACCAGCACCGACGUCAUGCGCGCCGACUACGUGCCCUCGCACCGCCACAGCGCCCUGCUGCCGCCCUCCUACCGGCCCACGCCCGACUACGAGACCGUCAUGCGGCAGAAGGGCCAGCCAGGGCCGCGGGCGCACGGCGGCGGCGGCGGCAUGGGCCUGAGCCACGGCGUGGAGCGCCAGAGCCACUCCAUGCGCAACCUCAACAUCGGCAGCUCCUACGCCUACAGUCGGCCCGACCCGCUUGUUUACAGCCAGCCGGAGAUCCGCGAGCACAUACUCAGUGGCGGCGGCGGCGGCGGAGGGGGUGGCGGAGGGCAGUACCCGUUCCACCUGAACUACAGCUUCCACAGCCCCGGGCACCCGUACCCGCACCCGGGCGAGCGGCGGCCCGUGGUGGGCGCGGUGAGCGUGCCUGAGCUGACCAACGUGCAGCUGGUGCAGCAGGCGCAGGAGUACCAGCAGCCCAACAUCAUGCGCACGCAGGUGUACCGCCCGCCGCCGCCCUACCCGUACAGCGCCCACCCGCGGCCCGCCAACAGCACGCCCGACCUGUCGCGCCACCUGUACGUCAGCAGCAGCAACCCGGACCUGAUCACGCGGCGCGUCCACCACUCAGUGCAGACCUUCCAGGAGGACAGCCUGCCCGUGGCGCACUCGCUGCAGGAGGUGAGCGAGCCGCUGGUGGGGCCGCCGCGUCAGGCGGCGCGCAUGCAGAAGCGCAACUCCAUCGAGAUCGCCGGCCUGGCGUACGGCCUGGAGGGCAUGCGCAUCAAGGAGCGCACCAUCUCCGCCUCGGCCGCCGAGAUCCCCUUCCUGCCCAUGCUGAGCCAGCAGCAGCAGCAGCCGCCACCGCAGCCCCUGGUGCCACUCUCCCUGCCCAUAAACAUGCCCGGCGUCAACAUGUCCGCCGCCGUGGUGCCCAACAACGCGGCAUCCUCGGCGUCAGAGCUCAACAUGCUGCUGGAGCGCAGCGUGAAGGACGAGUGCGAGGAGGCGGGGAGUAAAGAGGACGUGCGCUACGGACACAAGAAGUCACUGUCGGACGCCACCAUGCUAGUGCACAGCAGCAGCGGCGAGGAGGAGGAGUUUGACGACGAGGGGGGGCGGCACACGCCCCAGUCUCAGGACGCCCUGGCUGGGCACGGGCCCGGGGUCGGAGGAGGUGUUGGCGUGGGGCCCGUGGGCCUGUCGGUACAGAUGGAGCAGCAGCACAUGGGCGUCGGGAUGGGUGGUGGUGGUGGUGGUGGUGUGGGACAACAGACGCCCAGGGAGCCACCACCUGCCUACCCCUUCCCCUCCGCCCUGGACCAGAUCCUGUCUGGCCCGCCACCGCUGGCCUACCAGCCUCACCCGCCAAUCCACGAGGCCGAGUCUGAGCCUCUCUAUCUGCCCAUGGACCCCCGCCUGGCACUGCGGGACCCCAACACCACCACCACCACCACAGCGGCCACUGUGGUGCCCACCGCCAUCUCGGACACAGACCUUAGCGGGGUACAGGGUAGAGCCAAGGCCAAGCAGAGGGAUGUGCCCAAGAAGCGGCCCGUCUCGGAUGUGCCCGGCGGUAGGAGGCUGAUCGAGGGCCUGCCCCCUGUGGGCAUGAAGAGGGGCGCGCGCCCGGACACCAAGAAGAUGGGCCAGCUCAAACUGAGCACGCUCAAUGGCCUGGCGCCCGCUCGCUUCCUAGCACACGAUGAGGCCAAGGACGAGCCGGAGAGGGCUUCCAAUGACGAGAGGUGUAAGCUGCUGGAGCAGCGUAUGGAGCAGGGUCUGGUGCUGAGCGAGUACGACUCGGUGGAUAAGCGCCGCAAGGAGUGCGAGUGCUCCAUCGCCUUGCUGCCUGAGAACGGUGAGAGGAACCGCUUCCAGGACGUGCUGCCCUACGACGACACGCGCGUGGAGCUGGUACCCACCAAGGAGAACAACACAGGCUACAUCAACGCCUCACACAUCAGGAUAACGGUGGGUGGAGAUGAGUGGAGCUACAUCGCGUCUCAGGGCCCCCUCAACAACACGUGCCAGGACUUCUGGCAGAUGGUGUGGGAGGCGGGCGUGGCCAUCAUCGCCAUGGUUACCGCUGAGGAGGAGGGCGGUCGUGAGAAGAGUUUCCGCUACUGGCCCCGCCUGGGCUCGCGCCACAACACGGUGACGUACGGCCGCUUCAAGAUCACCACGCGCUUCCGCACGGACUCGGGCUGCUACGCCACCACGGGCCUGAAGAUCAAGCACCUGCUGACGGGCCAGGAGCGCACCGUCUGGCACCUGCAGUACACCGACUGGCCAGACCACGGCUGCCCAGAAGACUUCAAGGGCUUCCUCUCCUACCUAGAGGAGAUCCAGUCUGUGCGGAGACACACCAACAGCACCAGCGACCCAAAGAACGUCACCAACCUGCCUGUGCUGGUGCACUGUAGCGCGGGGGUGGGCCGCACGGGAGUGGUCAUCCUGUCGGAGAUCAUGAUCGCCUGUCUGGAACACAACGAGAUGCUGGACGUCCCGACGGUUCUGACAAUGCUUCGUCAGCAGCGCAUGAUGAUGGUGCAGACGGUCUCCCAGUACACCUUCAUCUACAAGGUGCUCAUCCAGUUCCUCCGCAACUCCAGACUCAUCUGAGGUGGUCAGCAGUCCUGGCUCACUCUCACGAUGGGACAGGCAGGGUGAGCUACCUAGGCUGCGGAUAGGGCUGUGUGGUGCUGCCUUGUUUUCUCAUCCAGAGGACCUGCCAACCAACCAACCCCACCCGACCCCCCUCUCUCCCACAGAUGCCUGGCAUGACAACAUGCCCACUUAGGCCUCAAGAGUCCAAGGAUUGGCCAAGGCCUGUUCGCUCCAAGCCAGCGUUGGGCUGUAUGUGUGAGGAGGAGUAUUGGGGAGAUGCUGGCGUAGUCCAACUCCUUAGGGCCUUGAUCACAGCUCUUCCUCUCAGUAUUAAAACACAGAAGAUGAGACUCGGGUGUCACGUGGAUAGACGCAUAUCCAUCCCCCCCUCCAUUUUUUUUUGUUUCUUUUGUUUUUAAAUAUCAGUAUUAUUACUCUUAUUCUUAUAUUUGUUAUUAUUAUUAUUAUUAUUAUUGAGAUUUCAGUAUGGGCGUUUUACACUAUACCAAUGAUGGCUGCAAAACCCCCAAGCACUUUUACACUUUUGCUGUAAAUAUAUCAAACCAUGCUGAAGCUGCAGUUGGUAAAAAAAAAUCUAUAUUUGGAUAUUAAGUAUAUUAACACUAUUGACUGCAGCACUUUUUAAAACAGACACACAAAAAAAUGUUGCUCUCGAUUUCAUAUCAUGUUUGAUGCCUAAUAGUGCAGAUUGAAGAACUUUUUUGUUUUGUUUGUUUUUUUGACUUUGUAAUAACGGUGCAGAUGAAGGAUGUGUGUAUAUAUUUUAGAUGACGAUGCGAGAGGAAGCUGAGAUUUAUGAUUUUAUUAUGAUUUAUUUGUGUGCAUUUUUUUUUGGUCUGUUUGAAGCAGAGAGGACUGCCCUCGACUCGUGUAGCAGGGCUUGCUGUGCAGGUUAUGUCUUUUUUUGUUUUUGUUCGUUUUUCUUUUUUUUCUUUUUUGAAAACUAGAACAAAGCUUCCAAUUAUUAAUUGGACAUCCAAAACAAAGUAUUGCAUUCAUUUAAAAUAAUAAUAUAUAUUUUUUACAAAUGCUAAUUUGUAAAGCUGUGAUACUUUGAUUGAAUGGCGUGAGAACAUUUUUAUGAUGAUGUAGUGCUCUUGGACAUAACCAAAGAGUAUAUAUAUAUUUUUUGGAAAGGUAGGAUAUUUUUUAGACGCAUCACAUUUUUGGCCAUACACUAGGUUCCAUCAACUAGAAUCCAUAUUCACCAAAGAGACUUGACUGCAGAGCAUAUAUACUUGUAUAUAUUCAAGAGAAAGACACUUGACCUGCUGUGGUGCAGUGGCUAUGGUAUGACGCCAAUAUGUCCAAAACAUACACUACUACUGCAUGGAUUUGGUAUUGAAGGGGGUUGAGGCUGCGUAAGAAGCCACUUUUGUAUCCAUAUCACCUGUGCCACACUCACCGUUUUCAGGCCGGCUAAAAUGGUGCUGGUUCCCCUUCCUCCUACAUCAGUUUACGUUCAGAACUAAAUUAAUAAUCUGCAAACCACCCGUGGUCACACUGGGUUGUGUACUCUACUGCAUAUGACCAUGUGUUACCUGGAUGAACUUGCUGACAUCUACGUUGUCAUCACGGUUCACAGGGGAAAACCAAGUAUUGGUUCGUUAUGUCUAUAUAGAUAUCUAAAAGCACAAGCUGAAGUGAGACUAAGGUGAAACUAGUGUAUACUCUUGUAUGAUUCACUUGCUAUCUUGGUGUCAGAAAAAAGUGCCUAUGUUCCCUUGCCCCAUUUUAUUAGCAAAUGUAAUGUAUUCUUGCACAAACAAAAGAUUGUGAAUGACAAUCAUUUAUUAUCAAGAUGCCCCCCCUCCCCCAACUACAACUGCAUCAUUCUCAUGUAUUGCAUCAUAUCAUAUGAAGAAGUAAACACUGCUAACUCUACUGUCAAAUUCCAAGGAUGUGCUUUGGAUUCAGGGUUUGGUUUUAACACUGCUUCUAACACUGCUUGAUGUAAAGCUUAACACAGGAUGCAGUGGGCAAUCGCCAUGGUGCUCUUAUGGGGGUGAACAGGCAGAGAUGGUGCGCGCGAGCAGUCUCAUUCAUCCAGGUCCAGGUUAUCCAAAUGAGCAAGUUGUGAGCUGCUAACCAUUGCUGUGCAGCUUGGAAAUGAUCCUAACCUAGAUAAUUUUUUCACUUCUAAGGCGUUUUGUACAAAGCUUGCUUAUGCACAGAAAAGCUACAUAUAGCUUUUAGCUGAAAUGUUUGGAUUUGGAGACUUGAUGACUUGAGUUGAAAAGUGCAUAUGCACUGACUUCCACGUUAAAUGGGAUGUACAAUGAGUGUGCAUGAAAACCUGUUAAUGCAUAAAUUGAUGCUUCAGAUUAUUUUGGUGCGCAUGCAUCUUUGCAGUGCAAGCCUUACUACAUCAGGCAGGUGAUAAGCUAAGUCCCUUGUGUUUGAACUUGCUUUAAAAAAAAAAAAAUUGAGCAAUGAGUUGCGUGUUAGAGUCCCGCCGCUGCCAUGACGUGCAGUGUUGCUGGCAUGAGACAGUUUGGGCCCCCUGAACACACCAUUACCAUCCUCUCAUACUAAUUUAAUUUGUACAGUGGGUCUAGAAUGGCCAAAUUAAGAAACGUUUACUGGAGGGACAUUUAAAUGCAUGUCUCCUUUUCCAAUUGCUGACCUAUGGUCAUGAAAGAAAAACGAUUACUGAUGGGCGGAGUGUACUCCGUUUCAAUGUGUGGUCCCCCUGCCACAUUCGCUGAUUGGCCGGUCCUCUGAUAACAAGAUGCCCUCCCAAAAUGCCUGGCCCAGACGCAAUGUGGGUGGAAGGAACAUUUAUUAGGCAAGAGCUUUAAUCUGGCAAGGGCAGACGAGCUGAAACUAUGUUAAUUCGCCACUAACAGCAGAAAAACUGUGCAUGUAUCCAUCAGCUGUCAUGCUAUUCAUAUUUAAGCCAUUGUAAUAGAAGUAUAGAUUGAAGGAUGAAAAGCAAAGCCUUCUGAUCGCAAUGAAGUUGAUACACAGUUGGAUGUGUAAUUACUGUAUAACAAUCAAGGUGCAUCCCAAAUGGCACCACCUUAGAUACAACACUAACCCUUAAAUUAAUAUUGUCUGGAACAAGUGGAAGUGGACAGUUUUUCUGCUUGUCAUAAGACAUCAUGAAACUGGAAAAAAAGGACAGCUUGAAGUCCAAGAAUUAAACUGGAUGAUUUGGAAGAGAUUAUCUAAGAGGACCAUCCUACAAUAUUGUACACUGCUAUGAAAGCUUUGGUCAGGAUUUUGAAUCAAGUCUUACUGAAUAUCAACCUUGUUAUUAAUUUGCUGAUGGUAAGGCUGCAAUGUUUUGGAUUAUUACCCUCAGGAGGAAGUUAUGAUAUCUGAAGAAAGAAAAAAGACAAACCUUUUUACUUUGUUUCAGUUAAUUCAGAUUUUUUUUUUGAUUUUUUUUGUAAGUUGGCACCAUUAUCAAACAUUAACAGAGAUCGUCCUCUGUGAAUUGCCCUUAUGGUGUAAUGAACUGAUAUUAUGAUUCUGUUACAAGACAUCCUGAGCUUUAAACAUCACUGGAGUGAUGGGAAAACAGUGUACAAACGUAUCCAGAAAUGGUGUUCUACUGUAAACAAAUUUUAGAUUUCUUUUGCUAAAAAUAAAUAUUUGCAGAUAUGA